AUGAGCAUUGAUCUGCGAAACGUGGACACGAUGACAGGCAGCAACCACGUCAGCAAGCACGACAACAUGAUCCUCCUUGUGUUUGGCCUUCUGUUGAGCCUUGUGUUUGGCCUUGUGUUUGGCCUUCUGUUGAGCCUUGUGUUGAGCCUUGUGUUUGGCCUUCUGUUGAGCCCUGUGUUUGGCCUUGUGUUGAGCCUUGUGUUUGGCCUUGUGUUGAGCCUUGUGUUGAGCCUUGUGUUGAGCCUUGUGUUUGGCCUUGUGUUUAGCCUUGUGUUUGGCCUUCUGUUGAGCCUUGUGUUGAGCCUUGUGUUGAGCCUUGUGUUUGGCCUUGUGUUGAGCCCUGUGUUUGGCCUUGUGUUUGGCCUUGUGUUGAGCCCUGUGUUUGGCCUUCUGUUGAGCCUUGUGUUGAGCCUUGUGUUGAGCCUUGUGUUUGGCCUUGUGUUGAGCCCUGUGUUUGGCCUUGUCCUUGUGUUUGGCCUUGUGUUUGGCCUUGUGUUGAGCCUUCUGUUGAGCCUUGUGUUGAGCCUUGUGUUUGGCCUUGUGUUGAGCCUUGUGUUUGGCCUUGUGUUGAGCCUUCUGUUGAGCCUUGUGUUGAGCCUUGUGUUUGGCCUUGUGUUGAGCCCUGUGUUUGGCCUUGUGUUUGGCCUUGUGUUGAGCCUUCUGUUGAGCCUUGUGUUGAGCCUUGUGUUUGGCCUUGUGUUGAGCCUUGUGUUUGGCCUUGUGUUUGGCCUUGUGUUGAGCCUUGUGUUUGCCCAUGUGUUGAGCCUUGUGUUUGCCCAUGUGUUGAGCCUUGUGUUUGGCCUUGUGUUGAGCCUUGUGUUUGGCCUUGUGUUGAGCCUUGUGUUUGGCCUUGUGUUUGCCCAUGUGUUUGGCCUUGUGUUUGGCCUUGUGUUUGCCCAUGUGUUGAGCCUUGUGUUUGCCCAUGUGUUUGGCCUUGUGUUUGGCCUUGUGUUUGGCCCAUGUGUUUUUGGCCUCCAUUUUGGCCUGGAGUUUGAUUUUGGUUCUUAUGAUUUGUAA